AAAUGCCUUCACUUUGCCUGCUACAUGGAGUACUAAGGAUGGUGUAUUACACUGAAAGGUUUGCUUGGCUUUAGCUUACAUGCUCUGUGCAAAAUCUAAGGACUGCUCAACUUGGAAGGGAGAAAUCCAGAAAUCAGCCUUACCUGCUCAGCAACAGCAUUCCUCUUGGUUAAUGAGAGUGAUGGGCAAGUGGGCAGAACGUUUUCCCACAGAAAUGAAAUAAUAAACAUCUCACCUGAGCAGUGAUCUAAAGAAAAUGUGAUUGUCUAAGGAAAACAUAUCAUGGCUUCCAAUUCAGCAAAAGCAGUUGUAAUAAAGACUUGUGUCCAGCUGCUAACCAUUCAAGUCACCCUAUUAGGAAAUGUUUUCUGUGGGAAUGUGCUGAUUUGGCCAACAGAAGCCAGCCAUUGGCUAAAUGUUAAGAUCAUCAUUCAGGAAAUGAUACAAAGAGAUCACAAUGUCAGCAUCCUGGUGUCAACUGCAUCACUCUUCAUCAAACCUGGUGAUGUAUCAGCUGCCAGAUUUGAGGUGUACACAGUGCCCUUUGAAAAAGAUGACCUCGACUCUCUUAUCAAGGACAUCAUAACACUGUGGUUGUACAACAGGCCAACCACUCUGACUUUCCACAGAUUUUACCGAGAGCUGGGGACCUUGGUCAGGAAAGCAAAUGCACUCAAUAGGCAAAUGUGUGAAGGGGUACUAGGCAACCAGGAACUCAUGGCCCGGUUGAAAAAGAGCAAAUAUGAUGUGCUACUCUCUGACCCUGUGACAAUUUGUGGUGACCUGGUUGCUCUGAAGCUGGAUAUUCCAUUUGUGUAUACUCUACGGUUCACACCAGCCUCAACAGUGGAGAGACACUGUGGAAAAAUACCUGCCCCUCCUUCAUAUGUGCCAGCUGCUUUGUCUGAGCUCACAGACAGAUUGUCAUUUGGGGAAAGGGUUAAAAAUAUUGUGUCUUACUAUGUACAGGAUUAUGUUUUCCAGAGCUACUGGGGUGAGUGGGAUUCUUAUUACAGUCAGAUUUUAGAUGGCAGUCACUGGAUUAACAUGAAGCUGGUGCUCAAAGAACUUGCCUCAAGAGGCCACAUGGUGACAGUGCUAAUACCGUCAGCCUCUUUUCUGAUAGAUCGUGAAGAGAUAUCUUCUUCCCCUUUCCACUUUGAGAUCCUGUCUGUGCCUUUCACUAGAGAGGAUGUGUUUGCUACUGUGGAGAAAUUAUUGAAUAUAUGGAUCUAUGAUAUGCCCAAGCUCUCUUAUUGGGAAGCCAUGCUGAAGAUGAAGGAGCUCAUAGCUUCCCUCAAUGUACUGUCUAAACAACUCUGUGACAGCAUCUUACGGAAUGACCUAUUAAUGGCAAGGCUGCGGCAGGAGAGCUUCGACGUGCUUCUCUCGGACCCAGUUUCACCCUGUGGUGACUUGGUGGCUGAGUUAUUUGGAAUCCCCUUUCUCUAUACUUUUCGGUUCUCAGAAGGCAAUUCAGUGGAGAGACUCUGUGGAGGACUUCCAGCACCUCCUUCAUAUGUGCCUGCCAGCACGGGGGGAAUGGUUGACAAGAUGUCCUUUACUGAGAGGCUGAAAAAUGUCCUGUUUUAUGCUUGCAGAGAUUUUUUUUUCUUGUAUUUUUUGUCAAAUGAGUGGGACCAAUAUUACAGUGAGAUCUUAGGGAGGCCCACAACGCUGUGUGAAACCAUGGGGAAAGCAGAGAUGUGGCUGAUCCGAACCUACUGGGACUUUGAAUUUCCUCGGCCUUUUCUACCAAAUUUUGAGUUUGUUGGGGGACUGCACUGCCAGGCAGCCAAGCCUUUGCCAAAGGAAAUGGAAGAAUUUGUCCAGAGUUCAGGGGAACAUGGUAUUGUAGUGUUUUCUCUUGGCUCAAUGGUUCAAAACUUAACAGCUGAAAAGACUAACUUGGUUGCCUUGGCACUUAGCCAAAUUCCACAGAAGGUUCUUUGGCGGUACAAAGGGGAAAAGCCAGAAAUGUUAGGAGCUAACACCAGGCUUUAUGACUGGAUACCACAAAAUGAUCUUCUUGGACAUCCCAAGACCAAAGCCUUUAUAACACACGGUGGAACCAAUGGGAUUUAUGAAGCUAUUUAUCAUGGAAUCCCCAUGGUUGGGAUCCCCAUGUUUGCUGACCAGCCUGAUAACAUUGCCCACAUGAAGGCAAAAGGAAUGGCCCUGGAACUGAACAUUCACACCAUGACAUCAAAAGAUUUAGUGGACACCGUGAAUACUGUCAUUCACAAUGCUAUAUACAAGAAAAAUGCAGAAAGGCUGUCACAGAUACACCAUGACCAACCCAUGAAGCCCCUGGACCGGGCCGUCUUUUGGAUAGAGUUUGUUAUGCGGCACAAAGGGGCUGGGCACUUGAGACCAGCUGCCCACCACUUGACCUGGUACCAAUAUCAUUGCCUUGAUGUCAUAGCUUUCUUGAUUGGUUGCACAGUCAUUUUUGUAUUUACUGUUGUUAAAUGCUGCUCAUUUUGCUGUCGGAAGUGUGGUAGGAUCAUCAGGAAAACUAAAACAGAGUAGUUUCCAGUGGGAUUUAACCACCAUCAUGAGAAUUAAUUAGUCAGAUUACUUUGAUUUAGUACUCUAUGGCACCUUUAUGAAAGCUGUUUCUGUAACAUCUAAUCAUUUACAGUAAUAAAUUGGAUUUAACAGACAAGGAAGCCUAGCUGAACAAAGCUCCAUUCAGGUAUUUGAUGGAACAAUUUUAGUUUUUUUAAAAAAUUAAAAAAAAUCAUGUUUUAAUUGCAGCAGUCCUCUGAGUUAUUAUAGCUGAAUACUCUACCUGUUUGAAUGCAACUGCCUUUAAACAUCUCAAUACUUGGGUAGCUCUUGAAAAAACUGUUGAUACAAAUAGGAACUGAGGCAUGUAUAUCACAUAUCUCUUUCCAAGAAACCUAAUGUUUCAUGUUAUUUCUGUGGAAACGUAUUCUGAAAGCACAGGGUGCUUUCAUAUUACAUGCACAAUGGGUAAGAUGAUAGAUACUGAAUCCCCUUAAAAUUAAUGGAACAAAAAUGUACAACUAAAUGUUUACAUCCUACUUGCUAGUUUGUACACAAUGUUUUUUGAAGCUACCUACCUUCCCAACAAUGACAGUGACAAAACAUUGCAAGGACUUUUGCCAAGUACAAUUAUGUGCCUGCUGAAAUACACUCAGCUGAAGUUCAUCCAGGAUAAAUUACGGGAGAGAAAACAGAAAUGUGUCAUUGUCAAGCAUACAAAGUCUGUAAUCCUGUGCAAACACUUGCUUGGGAGAAGAUUCUUAUUGUUCUUACUGGAAUUUACCUCUGAUUAAAUAUGCACAAACUAAG